CUCUUUGUAUAACUUCCUGGUUUCAGUGUUUUUUUAAACCUGGAAUAUGUGGUCAUGCCAAAACUCAUCAAAGCAGGCGUGGGAUUCAUGUGAACUAAAAUAUUACCUAACAGCGCUGACCUUUGCAAGUAUGAACAUUGCAUUCUAAAACAUUUGUUUCUUAUUUUUAUGCUUCACUUUACAGAUGUCUUGCUCAAGCAGAUUUGUGGCACAUAUGAAAACUAAUGUACAGUGAAGUCAAGAAAGGUAAAUAAAGUGCAAAUGUUAAGUGGCUAAUAGACAUAUACAAUAAUAGAAUUUUGACAUAUGUCAAACGUUAUUGUGUUAUCAGCGCUCAUUUCUCUUUUAAUAUUUCUGGCAGUUUAUCUGCAUACAUUCAGCAGAAGUAGCUGCUGUUGACAUAUUAGAUUUCUCAUUGGUCCCUGAGGUACUGGAUGCAGAACAUAUGAUGGCUCUCUAUCUGACCUAUGAAUUGUUCUUUCCUUUUCCUUUUCCUGUUCAUUCUGGCACAGGGUGCACACACCACCAGGCCCACCUCUAUUUAACCCUGCUGUUAGCCUCACAGACUGACAAACCACUGAGCACUUGUCAUCCUUCACACUAGCUUACUCUCAGUAGUCAUGAAUAUGUUACUAUUGCUUUCAAUUGCAGCAUCAGUCAGUCUGUGCAUUUGUGAUUUUGAUAUGGCCAAUAUCAGAGUUUUUCCUCCACUUGGUCGUAACAUUGCUGGAGUCUUCCAAGUGAGCUAUGUCAACAACUUGAAUCAGGCGUACUAUGCGUUUAAUACGAGCGAAGCCCGCAGUAUCUGUGAAUCACUGGGGGUCAACAUCGCCUCAGUAUCACAAGUGGUAAAGGCCUUGACCAAAGGAUUAGAAACAUGCAGGUUUGGAUGGACUGAUGAGCAUUUGGCAGUUGUUCCUCGUAUAACAGCACAGGUCAACUGUGGACAAAGCCAAACUGGUAUAGUCAGAUGGAGAGCUGAGAUUACCAAGAAAUUUGAUGUCUUUUGCUUCAAUGAAUCAGAUACAGAGGAAGAUCCUACAUCAUUGCCCCCAGUCCAGUCCACUCGCUCGUCCGAACAGGUGGACAAUAAUACACUGCCCAGUCUGUCCCAACAUGUGGACAGUGAAGCUAAAAAGGAGUCGAGAGUGGGCAGCGCUCAGGGAUCCUCAGGAAAAAAAACUGUGGUGAUCACAUCAGUCGUAGCAGUCUUUGUGGUUGCAAUAGUGGCUGUGGUUUAUAUAAAAAUAAAACGUAACUCUAAAAAAGAGCCAUAUAUUGAGAGAGAAGAAUGGACACAUGUCAAAUAUGAAACCAAGAAACGUUGUCCAACUAAAGUGGAUAGUGUUUAAGAUGCACUUUGUUAUGGUCACUGUAAAUAUGUGGAAUAUUUUAUUGUUUAUGUUUUGUUUUGGUUUUAGCUUGAAUUGUUUCAUAUUUUGGCCACUAGAUGGCAACGCAACAAACUAUUAAGUUUUAUUGAUGCGAUAACGAUUAACUCAAAUGUUUGAGCCACUGAAAAUAAAAGUAUUUAUUUCUCUA